AGCAAUAACAUAUUCAGUAUAAUCUUGCUCACGAGCGAGAGAUCAGAAGAUUUGUGUUAAAUGGAUGUGUUUUUUCAACCAACAAAAGGAAGGCCAUUUGCAAUUGAAGUUGGUUAUUUUGACACAAUUUUAGAGAUCAAAGACAAGAUUCGAAGAGAUCAAGGUAUUCCUAUACCAAAACAAACCUUAAUUUUCAAAGGUAAUGUCUUAGAUGACCAUUUAAACGUUCAUUAUUCCGAUAUCCUCGACCGAUCUCACAUUCAACUGAUCGUAGAAUCUGAACCAGACAAGACUAACGCGGUCAAGACAGAACAGCCGUCGUCGUCUGUGACGAAGAAAAUAAUCCAACUCCUCCUGAGAAUGCCAGCGUCCAAACUAGGCGUCAUGGCGUUAGAGGCUGACGUCACGGAUAGUAUUUGGAGGGUAAAAGAGAGAAUUCACGAUAUGGAUGGUGUGCAUGUGAGUAAAUUAGCCAUGCAUGCAAAUGGAAUCGAAUUAAUCGAUCAUCAUAGUCUUCAGCAUUAUGGAAUUUCGAAUAAUUCAGAAAUCGAUGUCAGUAUCAAGCCAAGUACUAUCACUACACCAGCACCAGCACCAGCAACAACGACGACGACUUCUCCUCCAGUAUCGUCGUCAGUGAAUAACGGAAACGGAUCGAAGAAAUUACGAAUUAUGAUUUUAACGAAAUGUGGCACUAACAAAAUUCCGAUAGAAGUAAAUCCUUUAGAAAAUGUGGGACAAUUGAAGAAAGAAUUACAAAAAUUGGAAUUAGAGCUUCCACAAGAAGGUUAUUUUUUUAUUUAUAAACAAAAUGUGAUGGAUGAUGAUCGUUCAUUUAGAUGGCACCAUGUUUGUCAAGGUGACACUAUUGAAAUAUUUAAUGGUAGUGUUACUGGUGGAGUUUAAUUUUUAUUUUUUUUUUGUUCUUGUAUUUUUUUAUUGGUUCAAAGUUUAAUAAAAGUAUAUAUAUAAAAAAAAAAAUUAAAAGUGUUUUAAGUUAUAAUUGUUGAUUGUGUUAACAUUUAUUUGCACAAUUUGAUCAGUAUUUAUUAGGUCUUUCGAAAACAGCCUCUCUACCUCUCAAAGGUAGUGGUAAGGUCUGCAUAUACUCUAUCCUCCUCAGAUCUUACGUUUAGAAUUACACUCGCACUUUUAUCGAAUUCGAUAUUUGUGAAGUGAAUUAUUUUAAUUUAUGUUGCAUUUCAUUAGCAAAAACAAAUAUUAUGAUUCAAAUAUGCCAUAAGUUUCUUGAGCAGAGAGUCUAUCGAAAACAACUCUCGACCUCACAUAAGGUAUAAGAGAUUUGCAGACAUUAUCCUACUCAUAUCGCCACUUGUGAAAUCACAUCGAUUAUGUUAUUGUUGUUGUAUAUACACCGUAAAAUAGGUAAUGCAUACGCCCAUCCUCUCAAAGCGCUCUCGUAAAAUCACACUGAAUAUGUUAUUUUUGUCCAGUUAUCAUUUACAUAAUUGUCUUUUAAAAAGAAAAUAUAACUUGCAUUCGACGAACCGUUUGAAUCGUUGAAAAUCGGUCUACAUAACCAUGAUGCACUAAAG